AUGUCAGAGUCUUACGACUUUCUGUUCAAGUUCCUGGUAAUAGGCAGUGCCGGUGCUGGAAAGUCUUGUAUCUUACAUCAAUUUAUAGAAAGUAAAUUUAAACAAGACUCUAAUCAUACUAUUGGUGUAGAAUUUGGUAGUAAAGUAGUAAAUGUAGGUGGUAAAGCUGUUAAAUUGCAGAUCUGGGAUACAGCUGGUCAAGAGAGAUUUAGAUCUGUAACUAGAAGUUAUUAUCGUGGUGCUGCAGGGGCCUUAUUAGUUUAUGAUAUCACUAGUAGAGAAACAUAUAAUGCUUUAACUAAUUGGUUAACUGAUGCUAGAACACUAGCUAGUCCUAAUAUUGUUAUUAUAUUAGUGGGCAAUAAAAAAGAUUUAGAAGCAGAGAGAGAAGUAACAUUCCUAGAAGCCAGCCGAUUUGCUCAAGAAAAUGAAUUGAUGUUUUUGGAAACUAGUGCUUUAACUGGUGAAAAUGUAGAAGAAACUUUCCUGAAGUGUGCUAGGUGUAUUUUAACAAAAAUAGAAUCAGGAGAGUUAGAUCCAGAAAGGAUGGGAUCUGGUAUUCAAUAUGGUGAUGCCUCACUUCGACGUCUUAAUCGUACAAGUAAAGAACCUCAGUUACGCAGACCAGACUGUUCUUGCUGA